AUGGCAACAAUCAAGGAGAGGUUUGAGCAACUUGUUAGUGCAUUUUUUGAGAAUUUUACUUUCCAAAACGGGUUGUACAGGGGUCACGUUGACGACAAACAAAAGUUAAAGGAGUUUGAAGAUAAUUUAUGCCAACUUGGGCUGAAAUUUUCAACGAGGACCUCAACUUACAGACAGGAAAAGGAGUGUCUUUCUGAAGAGGAAAUACCAACGCAGCAAGUUGAAGGAGGAUCCAUAAAUACUUCCAUCAGCGUGAACAACUGUACUUUAGUACAAGGAAAAACACAAGCCCCAAAUGCUGAGCAACGGUUGCUCUUCCACCAAGAAAGAGGGAUCUGUAUACCUGACUGUGGAAUACCCUUCAGUAUCAUCGGUACAACCUCCAAACAAUGUAUAUAUGGGCCCCAUUACUGGGCGCAUGAGGUUUCAGGACAUGCCAAGCAAUCAGAGGGAGAUGAUGGGAGUGUUCGUAAACAGAGAUGUCGUCUACCAUCCAAGAAAAAAGGGUGUUCUUCAUUUUUCAACGUGAAAUGUGCAAGGUAUUACCCAGACUUUAAAGUUGACAACAGUUCCCAUUAUCUAUCCAAGUGGAAGUUACGAUGCGCACGUCACAAGGCACUCAACUCUCUGCGAGCUGCUCUAGAAGCCGGAAAUCAAACCUUGAAAUCAUAUGAUAGGUUUUACAUCGAAAUAUCAGAUAUCAGCCAACACAACCAUGAGUUAAAACUGCCUGACCCUACUCGGAAAAUUCACCCUGGUCUUAUCUCUAAGAUACAAAACCUAGUCGGAGAGGGCAUUACUGAAUUCCAAGAGGUCAAAUGUCAACUAGCUGAUUUUGUGACCUCUGACAUUCUGAACGGAUGUGAGGCCCAGCCGCCAAAGUCCAACAGAUCUUUCUUUCCCUCAGACCUAACGAUUCGUAACCUCAUACAGAGCGCCCUCGAUCAGGAGGCUAAGCAGCGCGAAUUGACUUUGCAAGACAACGGGGCUCAAUGCCGACGAAUCUUGGAGAAGCUGACGGAGACAACACAUCAAAUCAAGGAUCUAAAGACAAUGCAGGGCUUUCUUGGAUCUUUAGAACAGCUUUGGGCUGAAAUGGAAUCUAAAGUUCACCUAGACAGAGAGAUGGUUAGUGUUGGUCAAUCCAUUGAAGAAAGUAUUGGGCAUGUCAUUCUAAGUUCUUUAGCAUCAAAGCGACAGGCAGAGGAGAUAACUUUGAUUGAUCUACCUUCGUCUAAAAGACUAGACACAGAGUCAGUCAAUGUUUACAAUUUUUAUUCUGAUAUGGGCUAAUUUAAUAAAACGGUGUUUUUUAAAUAGUUCUCGUUUUUAAUAAGUCAACUCAAAGACCUACAUAUUUCUGCAGUUUGUAUUAAAACAAAAUUGAGAGAAGUAUCUGGCACAGGAAAUAUUUGUAAUGUGAUUCUUAUGGCGCAGCUGAGAACUGAACAACAUAGGAAAUCAGCUGAAUGUUGCCUGCCUGAUAUUAUUGUGGUCUGGGCAGUUAAUAGUUGGUCAGCAUGAGUCGGGCAUACUGUUCGAUUAGGAGUCCACAAGUUUGGAAUUAACAAAAAGUCCUGUAAAAAAAUCAGCUAAAAGAGGUUUUUAACAGAAUGUUUUUGAAAUAAACAAGUUGAUUAAAUCACUCAUUACAAUGUUACUAUUAACCAUUCGUUCUUGAAUACAUAGUUUAUUGACAUCUUGAUUAAGUAUUAAAAGUUCUUUUCAAAUAUUAUAUGGAAAGAUACAAACCUUUUUACUAGUGGAAGUACUUUAGUAUUUACUAAAAUAUAAAAGUAUAAAUUCAUGCCAUACAUUGUUCCUGCAUUAGGCUUGAAAUUUGUAAAAAAUAUAAUGUAUUUUUUCAAAAACUAUUUUAAUGGAAAUUACAAAGCCCAUGGGCACGUAAACAAUUGCCUGCGUUACACAACAAUACACAUGUUACAUCUGUGGAGUAUCAGGGUCCACCAUGAUUCCUAGUCAAAUGCUCCUAACACUCAAUCUUGUUCUUGAUAUAUUUAUCAACAUUUCAGUAUUAAAAUUUCAAAAGCUACCUUUCAAUCCUGUUAUUUUUGUCCUCAUCCAUACUAGAAAGUUAAUUAGUUACAGCUGUUAAUACAUGGUUAAAGGGAAGUUACAUGUAUAUAUUUGGUAAUUACUCCCGAAAUCAAUUACAUAUUUAAAUAAUACUUGGUAAAGAGCAUUAGAGAGCUGUUGAUAACUUUGCUAGAAUCGACGUUUGAAGUGAUAGACUUUGAGAGGGAAUAAUCCUCCACUAAAAAAAAUGAAUCUAAGAAACUACCAAAAAAUACCCUCCCUUUGAACCUGAGCAAAAAGAAUUAACCAGUCCUUCUGAUUUGAGGUGUGCGAUCGCACCCGCAUGCCAUAAAAGCUUACCCAGGAGUGCGAAUAAUCACACGCCUGAUCCCUCUAAAAUACACGCCUCGGCAUUCAGUUUUGGCGUAACCAAAAUCACACCCCUCGUGAAAAUCCAGGUGUGUUUUUAUCUACACGCCUGUGAUUUUCAAAUCAGAAGGACUGAUUAACUGAAGUUAAAAAAAAGUUGUUAAAGAGUUCGUAAAACAUAGAAUCUGUUAGUAAACAUACGCAACAUUGAGUUUCCUUGGUGGCAUCGUUUCAUCUUAUAAAAAAAAACCACGAGUUUGGUAAUGAUUGUAUUGCACCCUGACAACUGAAGAAAGUGUACAUGUAACAUUUGGCAUAAGCCCUCGUUACAAGUCUAGUACGGCUUUAUUUGGUUUAAAGCACACGUAACAGUUUUAACAAAUUCUUUUCCCUUGGUAGGCCUCAAGGAUAUCAGUAUCUAUGCACUUCUGCUGUAUUGCCUGACCUCAAUUCCUAAAAUUCUUGCAUCACUUUGUUUACGUUGAACUUAUAUUGAUUGUAUUGGUUGAGGAGUUUGGAAAUAGUUGUUGAAUUGAAUUGAGCUGUGUGCUUGUGAAUUAUAGAUUAUUUGGCUUUCCAAAAACAAAACAAAAAGAGAGAAAUAGCUGCAUCACUUUGUUUACGUUGAAUUUAUAUUUAUUGUAUUGGUUGAGGAGUUUGGAAAUAAAUGUUGAAUUGAAUUGAGUUGUUGAAUUGAAUUGAGCUGUGUGCUUGUGAAUUAUAGAUUAUUUGGCUUUUAAAAUCAAAAGAAAACAGAGGAAUGGCGUUAAAGUAAUUGAUGUUGAAAGGUUUGAUUCUGUCAAUGAGUUGUCAGAAAUUAUUCAUGAUAGUCUAGAAAAAAUUAAGUUCUAAAAAUUAAGUUUUCUUUGUAGCGGCUGAGGAGCAUGUCUUGAUUUUGAAACAGGACGUGAUCCAACUGUGUGAGGUGAUAAUAGGGUGACCUUUUAGGAGUGAUUCGAUGUUUAAGUUAGCAGGAUUGGAUAGUUUGACAACAUUUCUCAAAUUCAUUUUUCUUGGAACUUAUUUCUCAAAAACUACAGCACCUCAGCAAGUAAUAGUUUAAGGGAAGCUUUCUACUAUCAUUAUCUUCAAACUGUUAAUAUUUUAACGUCAAUCUGUGGACAUUGUGUAAAAAGUACCCAGACCAAAUGUCGUUUUAAAAACUUUACAAUACAUAAACUCAAUGUAAAAAAUAAUAUUGGUAUUCCAGUUGGUCAAAUAUUUCAAUUUUCGGUUAUGCAAGUGUAGUAGUUUUCACUCCCCCAAAAUUAGAGACCAUGGGAAGUAUCCAUUUCAAUCGAGAUUUAAUCCAUUUCAUUUGGUUUAAAACAAGUUUGUUUGACAUGAAAAGAGAUCAUCACUGGAGUUGAAAGGCAUAAAUAAUAAACAAUUGUUCAUCAGGCAUGCAACUGCAACUUUAAAAAAAAAAAAGAGGAAAU